AUGGGGAAGCGCGUCAAAGUGCAGCUCCAGCACCACGAGGCGUUCGAUGCUUCGGCUCCCGUCGUCGCGACGUUCCGCAACGGUCCACCGCCAAUGAACCAGCGCAAGAACUUGGCGUUUGAGGUGUUUGAGAACGCGAGCAAGAAGCAGCGACUGGUGCUGGCGAGUUCCGAGAAAGUGGCGUAUCAAGGCGCGAACUUUGGCUACUUGGGGGCCAGUCACGACUUUGCAAACUACGCGGUCGGUGUGUUUGACAAGAAGACACGAGAAGUGCGGCUGUGCAACGUCAGUCAGAUUUAUGUCAUGCAGCAAGCAAUCAAGAACGCGUCCGAGAACGUGGACGACAAUCGCGGGCACGACAAGAGCUACAUGGAGCAACGACGGGACCUCGUCGAGGUCUUUGGUAGCAAAAAGAGCAAACGCAUGCAAAAGAACCGAGAGGAGAACAUGGUGGAUCUGGAUCACAUUAGUGGCGCUACGUCCGUUGCCCAGACGUUGAAAAAGAAGAUUUCGGCGGCCCAACGCAAGCUCGGGGACGAGCGUGCGCAGGACGGAGCAGCGCUGGCUGCUACGCGCAAUGCUCUGUUGCCACCGUGUGAUGUUGAUGCGCCGACACCCGAACAGGUCUACGACCUCACAAAGUUUAUGGAUAGCGCUGUCAUGGACUCGCUGACGAUUAUGGCUGAAGAGGUGAUCGAGACGCUACAAACGACAAGUGUAGCAGAAUACGCAGCGGGUUUGAACCUCGCGUCACUUCCCACACGGCUGAUGGUAUCUCUCCCUGCCCCGUACAACGUCAACAAGAUGUGCCUCGUCGUGUAUGUCGCAUACAUGCUUGAUUUCUACAACGCGCGUUUUCCACUGCGCAAGUCGGCAGCCGAUUUCAGCGAAGAGAAAGGCAUUCCUCUCGUCAUUGUGCGCCAUUUCCUCAAGCUCUUUGCAGACGUGAGCGAGGGCAACACUGGUCAUCCGACGUAUUUCCAGUCCAAGGCCAUGAAAGACAAGCUCAGUCUGUACCUGAUCGUCGUCGCGCUGACUGUGAACGACUUCAGUCUGGAUCUCACUGAAGUUGGCUCGGACUUGAAGAAAGCUGCUGUCCAGAUACAGUCCUACGCCCGCCAGCUUGGUUGCAUCGUAGAGAAGGCCAAGGCAGAGGCAACAACGUACGGUGUUGCGUCCAAGAAGCAUAUCAGCCGUGCGGUGCUUUCUGUGCCGCUACACUUUCCGCUUCCAAAACGCGGUGGUCCAGCCCGUCGAUGA